UUGAGUACUAUAUUUAUAUCAAAUCUAAAAAACCAACUUCACUUAAUGCAAGACUAUUAGCUUGCAUGGAGAAAAGGUUUGAAAUGGGCAAAGGGAACCACUGGAACUAUGUUAAACAUAUUGAUGCUACCCUCAAACUGAUGCAAUUAAGCGGUAUCUCUGAAACUGCCGAAAAUAUUUCGUACAGUUACCAUAAACAGAUAUUAGAUCUCUCAAAAAAGUACAUAAAUGAGGGUAUUUUGGAAAAAAGUAGUCUCAACAAAUACCAUCAACUUAAUCUGAUCCCAAAAAAGGGAAGAGCAACAUACCUUUAUAAUGAUUAUGACUUCCAGUUGUCACGCAUAAAAUUUUUAGCACGUGCUGGUAAGUUUAAUCUAAACUCAGAGAAAUCCAAAUGGAAAAAUCUAAACCCACCCAUUUCACCCUACUGCGAAGAGUGCCCAGAUAAAAUCGAAACCCUGGAGCACAGACUUUUUGAAUGCCCCUCUUAUGAAACUGCGAGAAACAAGUUUUAUUUGGAAAUGAAAAAUCAAGUCCCUAGUCCAGUUUUAGAAGUAUACCUUGAGUCAGAAACAAGCGAUAAAUUAAAAUGGAUAAUAGGCGAUGAGGCCAGGAUUUUAGGUGGACAUGAUAUAAGCGUCACGGUAGAUAGAUUAAAUAAAAUAUUACUGAAGAACAUCUUCUGAUUUUAUAUUUUUAAUGCAUAAUGAAUGUUUUUAAAGUGAUUUUAGUUAAGUUUCUUUAAGCCAUGUAUAUAAAGUUUUAAUUUUUGAGUAUAGACGCA